AUGCGCCUCCCGUCUUCUGCGCGCACAGCCGGCAGCGGAGUUGCGCUCUUCGCCUCGAACCACGUGACGGCUUGCCUCUCUGCACAGACGCUCCGCGCGACACCCCACACACGCGGCGAAGGCGAAGAUGGACGACCCAAGCGACGAGGGGGCGAGCUUAAAGCGAAUCUGCCGUGGACGCCGGCCGCGCGAGGCCUGAUGAUGCGACCCGCAUUCCCAGCGUCCGCUCUGCGCCUCCGCGCGGCGUUUCACUGUGCGAUGCACUCUCUCUCUUGUCUGCCUUUUUUUUCGUGGCUCGGCGCUCCGCUGCCCCGGGCUCGCGCCUUUGCCUCUCUGUCACGCAGGCCGCGGCUGCACCUCUCCUUCAGCGCCCCUCUCCGUCGCGCCUCCGCUCGCUCCUCUUCGCCCUUCGUCACUUCUGUCUCCUGUCCUCCCGCGCCCACGUCAUCUCUGCGCUCUGCGUGGCCUCCGCGCGCGGCAUCGCUGCUAGCCUCUGCAUGCGGCUCGCCCCUCUCCUCUCUGGCUCCGUGCGGCCGGGAGAGUUCCCUGUGUGGCGCGGGCUCGCGCGCCCGAUCAGUGCGAGGCUUUUCUUCCGCGGCUGCGGCGAUGGAGGCCGAAGGCGGCGACGCCGCGCCGACCCCACGCGUGAGAGACUUUCGCCUGUUGGAGCGGUGGCUGGUCGGCGCCUCCGCGCAGGCGGCGUCCUCUCUCUCUCCUGCGGCAUCUAAUUCUGCUUCAGCGGCGUCUGGCGCGCGUCCUGGAAGCGGGGCUCCGCGGCUGCUGGUUCUCGUACUGAAUCGCCCGUUGCCGGCGUACGCCCCGCAUCUGCUGGAGGCGGCCACAUCGUACGUGGUUGCGGACGGCGGAGGGAAUUUCCUUUACCAGAUGUUCCAGGACCAGGAAGAGAUCAAGCUGCGCGCGCGGCGUCGGCUGAUUCAAGCCAAACUCGACGCGCGCGAGCGGCUGCGGAUGGAGGAGCUUGCUGCUCACGUGCAACACCAGAUCCUCAUGGAGCACCAACCCCUCCACGACCAGCGCACGCAUCUCGGGAACCUCCAGCGCGACUUGCACCGCCGAAACGCCGCCCGCGAAGGGGCGGGCACGCUUCGGCAAGACAAAGAGACAGGAAGUAACGAGAGCGCGACCCACGCAGACCCGACUCGCUUCUUGAACCGCCUGCCAGAUGCGGUCUGCGGAGACCUCGACUCCCUCACUCAAGAGGCGAAGGCGUACUUCGAGAGACGCGGCGUGCCGAUCGUGCGGAGGCGAACGCAGGACUUGCCUGACCUCGAAAAAGCGUGGAAUCUGCUCCUGGCGCCGCAGCGCUACACGGCGCGGGACGUGAUCAUCAUCCUCGGCGCGAUCGGCGGCAGACUCGAUCACACGCUGAGCGCGAUUCACUUCCUGCACAAGUUGAAUGCGGAGUAUGAACAAGAGGCCGCGGAGCCGCGCGAAGAGGCGCGAGGCCCUUCCGCCUCACCCAGGAGUCAUCGCGACGGCGGGCUCCCUCAGAUUUACCUCAUCGGAGAAGAUUCGCUCUGCUUCCUCGUCCCCCGUGGACGCUCGCGCGUCAUUCCUUCGCAGCUCCUCGUCACCCGCCAGUGCGCCCUCGUGCCGUUCGGCUCGACUGUGUCUGGCGUGACGACGGAGGGGCUGCGGUGGAAUCUCCAUCCGGAGAUGCAACUUAAAUUCGGAGAGUUCAUCUCAACGUCAAACCAGAUCUUGCCGGAAGUGCUGGCGGGCGCGAGAGACGCAGAAGGCGAGGAGGGCAUCUCGAUCUACACAGAACUGCCCCUUCUCUGGUACUCUCAGAUGCGCCUGCAGCCGUCGGGCCUCUUCAUUCCUCCCCUGAGUGACUCUGCAGGGGUCGCCUCGUAG